CAGCGGUGCUCCUCGACACAGAUGUUCUGCUGGACUCGGCCAACAUAAGUCACCUGGUCGGAGCUGAGGGCCCAACCGCCAUCGAAUGCCUGGAGAAAAUUCCAAAAGAAGCCCGGUUUCACAAUGGUUCUACCAUGCAGCGUGCCCACAUUCGGGAACAGCUUCGGGUGAUCCUGGCAAAAGGAGAAGGCUCUUGCUUCGACGAUGAUUACAUCACACUGGAAGGUCAGAAUUUAUUCACACGGCCAGCAGUGCAAGCCAGCCUCAAAUAUAUACCUGCUCUAUGUGCAAGUGAUGCGUGCAACCCGGAGCUACUGAAGUCGUUGGCCUACACAGCCAAUGACGAGGUCUUUCACACCCACACAGUUGCAGCGUUGGUGCAGGCUGCGUGGAUGCAAACAAGGCUCGCAACCGCCGGCGAGGUUUUUGUGAGUCUUUUGAUGCUGCCCUUACUGUGCCACGCUUCCUUCACCUUACGCCACGAGCAACCACAUUUUGCAGUGCCACCAUCGCUAUGGAUUAUUCUAUGGUUCCAUGCUAAGAAGUCCUUUGAGGAGCUGAUGCAACAUUUGGCAGUGUGUCGCUGUCACCGAGAAAGGUUCAACCUACUCGAAUUCGACAACAUCGCCGACAUCGCAUACAUAACGGCUGGGUGGGCGGCCAUCGUGCGCCAAGCCCUUGACCCCACCAAGCUGGAGAAGCCUUGGAUGUCCAUUUUCUGCGCCAUGGCCUGGCUCCGGGCAUUGUAUUCAUUGCGGGGCGAGACGUGGAUGGGUCCGCGGUUGCUCCCCAUCCUUUCGGCUUUGAAAGACACAUUGGCGUUCUUCCUGGUCACUUGGACAUGCAUUCUGGCAGCAGCCCAUGCUUACAACAACUUGCAAAUGCGGGAGGAGCCAACACCGGUCUACGCCGCUUUCAUGCAAGUCUUUCGCUUGGGCAUUUUUGGUGACUUCGAUCUCUACGAAUUCGAAGGGUUGGACGUCAUCUACAAGCGCAACGGGGAGGAGUGGGAACCUGUUGACCCAGACCCAGGACCAAACUACGUUGAGGCCCACACCCUCUUCUACAUCACCGGUGUUGGUAUCACCAUUCUGCUGAUGAACCUCUUGGUGGGCGUUCUCAGCAACAACUUUGAAGUUUAUGAAGACCAGUCGGCGGUGCUCUUCCUCAGAGCCCGUGCUAAACUGAUGUUGGAGCUGCAGGCUCGGCCAUGGACAUACAUGUUGCAGUGGCUUUCUUGCAGGCUUUUGCGCAAUGAGGAAUCAGAGAAUGAGAAGUCAGAGCCAUCCGGCGUGGCUAUCAUUUUGCUUCUCUUGUGCUUCGGGCCUUUGGUGCCCCUCUUUCUGUAUUCAGAGAGCAAGUUUCUGGGCAAAGUGCUACUUUCGGGCAUCACGAAGCGUAGGUGCUGUGGAUCUGUCCUCCUGCUGCUGUGCUCUCCUAUGCUCUUCAUUUUAUCUGCCUGCCUUGCUUUGAUCCUUAUGUUCUUCCGACUUGUCUUCCAAAUGCAGCUCAGCGGCAUUUUCUACAUGGUGGCAGUGUCCUUUGGCUGCUGUGGGGCGCAGGGCGACAAGAGCCCGGAGGAUUGCCACAUUUGGCUGGUCGUCCGGGCCGAGCCGCCCAUGGAGGCACUUAGGAGCCUCCGCAGUGAGAUGAAGUCAUCGCAUGGCAAGCUGAGGACACGACUUGAAGAAUUGCAAUCAGAGCAGAAGAAGUUGACAGAGUUGGUGAAGGAGUUGGUCCAAUCCAAAGGCCGCCUAUUAGAAUGACGGGGCAGCUCCGCAACCACAUUGUGCUAAUGAUGCGUU